UACAGGGUUUUGUCUAUGGUCAUAAAAAAUCCAGUCAAACAGGAUAGCAGUGUUAAAUUAAUUUAUUUUUAGCGUUGUAGUUUGUUAAGUUUAUUUUAAGAUACGUAAAUCGUUUUACUAUGUAAUGCAAGUUAUGUAGUUUAGUGUGAAAAUCUAAACAUGGCUCGGCAUUUUGCGAUUAUGGAUAUUUUGGUGACUUCGUCAGCGGUGGUGUUUUUGUUGGGUGUAUGUGGUGUUAAUGGGGACUAUUCGGUGAGGUGCAGCAACGUUACCAAAGCCAAACCGACGCUGCAGCCAUCUAAAGAUGGUGUGAAGGCGCGCUACAUCUUGGAGUGGUGUACAGACGCCAACGCUAACGAUACCGUGUGGAAUUAUGAGCUUACCUACCCCGAGCCUAAGAACAGAUUUUCCAUACACACGAGCUGUUCUGAGUUGCUGAACUGGACAGAGCCCUUGGCCUGCAGUUCUGUAUGUCUAUCAACAGUCCUGGACUUGAUAUUCAAAGCGAACUACUCUCUCAAGAGCUGGUUCCCUGGCCGCGGGUCCUUCGGCGCGUACUCGCGGUUCAACAUCGUUAAUGAUUAUCGCAGAGAAGACUUCUCCAACACAAAUAUCAAAGGAAGUGAUAUCAAUCAUGGGGACUACACAUCUGUAUAUUUCUACACUGAAAACAUCCCUGCUACAAAAUACAUACUGACGCUGUGCCAAGGCUUCGAUAAAGAUCAUGGGCUUGAGGAGAGGCAAUGCCGCGUGGUGACAGACAAGUGCGGCACGCCGCACUCGCUGUACGAGGUGGAGUGCCGGCUGCGGCUGCGCGCCGGAAACUACACCGUCGGGCUGGAGUUCGACACCGCGUGGGCGCGCGGCAGCUUCGUGCACAAGCGGUACCACGCCAGGAACAUAUCGGUGGUUAACCUAUCAGCGGCCACGGUAUCCAACGGCGACGGCGCGGGCGCGCGCACAGCGUUAGUCUGGGCGUGCGCGGGCGGCGCGGCGCUGUGCGUCGGCGCCGGUCUGCUGCUGUUGGCGUUGCGGUGCCGCCGCGCCCGACACUUCCGCAAGCACGUGCUGCGCGAGUGGCUGCACAGGGAGGAGACCAAGCAAGCGGCGCCUGAGUCGCCCGCGCCCGGCCCGAUCCUUCUGCUGUAUGCGCGGGAGUGCGCGGCCGCCGAGCCCGUCGUCGCCGCUCUGAGUGCGCUGCUCGAGACCGUCGCCCCGGGACAGGUAUACGACAUAUGCAGUGCUGAGACACUGGCACUAGCGGCGAGCGGCGGUCCCCAUUGGCUGCGAGGCGUUAUGGCGCAACCUACUGCAAGAGUAGUACUGCUGCAGACGCCGGCGCUGCAAGCGCUGCAUACCCCGCGAAUUGUAAUGGAGUCGGGAGUGCCUAAAUUGGAACAGCCUCUCCUAUCCAGCCGCGCUGUAUACCGCGAGCCGGCGGCGGGCGAUUGGCUGCUGCAGUUCGCGCUACGAGCAUUGGCAGAGACCACCGCACCUGGAACUGUGCCCUACAAGAAGUACUACCUGGCCACCCUGGAAGGCCUGGAGACCGAAGCCCUGCCCUACACGGUGCCCUUCCGUCGCUACGUCCUACCGCGGCACGCUGCGACCCUACUACACGACCUACUUCCAUCCCAAGAGCCUGCGCACACGCCGCAUAUGGUGGACUCACUCGCGCGAGCUACGAUAGACUUCGUGGACUACGCGCGGGCACACCCGGACUAUCUUAUGGAGGAGCUGCUCAUCUUAUAACAAUUUUGGAAGUCCUCGCGAGACCGUCCAUUUCCACCGCUACGUAUUAUGAACUCCUCCCAUCCUAAGAGCCUGCGCACACGCCGCACAUGGACUCGCUACGGUAGACUUCGUGGACUAUGCGCACGCACAGGGAUUGCCUCAUGCAGGAGCUGGUCAUCUUAUAGCGACGUGAGUGCGGUUGGAUCCUACCUAGUCAUGCGGCGGCACGUCACGUGUAUUCCCUUUGUCCCCCACUGAUGAACAUUAGGAAAUUUUGUAUCGUUGGACAAUUUUUUCCCCGAUGUCUGCCAUUGAGGAACAAAUGUUAGGGGAUAAUGGGAAUACACUGCACGUCAUGCUAACCUUUAAGGUACAAGUUUGUAGUCGACUCCAUGCAGCAGCAGCAGACGACUUGUCGCCGGGAUACACUGGUCAUCAAAUACGAAGAACGAUAUUUAUUCGUGUUUCAAAUACUGGUUUUUAUCUCUAUAAAAUACCUUCAGAAUCAGACGUCAUAUCACUAAUGAAUAAAUCGUUACCCGUACCUGAAACAUGAAUAAAUGGUUCUCUUUAGAGACAAAAUAACGCCGCCUACGGUUUUAUUAAGAACACAAUUACUAGAGUUAUUCGUACUCUGAGAACAAGUGAAGCAACACUUCGUCUACUGCUGCUGCCUGGAAUCGGCUACGAAGUCAUACCUUAAUGAAUAGCGUGACUGACGCGCUGUGCCUAGUUCGGAUGUAUUGGUUGGUUACGUGGAGGGUGCAGUGUGGCCAAUGCUGAUUCUAGAGACGAAUGUUAACUUGUUUCCGUGUAAUAUACCCUAUAUUUAGGCUGAGUUGCACCACCUUAUUUUAACCGUAACAAUCACAAUAACCGGUGCUUUUUGUAUGGAGUUUGACAGAUUUUUGACGUUUGUCAAAGUUAAAGUAAGAUGAUGCAAUUCAGCCUUAGAAUAUACUACGGAAAUGACGCUAGAACAUACUUACUCUUACUGUGGUAGACAGAUCUCACAGAUAGUGUAUCAUUUAGUUAUCAUGUAGUAGUAUUUCACUACUAUAGUCUGGUCUGUGAGCACGUAGAAUUUUGUCCAAUGACCAUAGCUACCCAUCCUUAUCGCU